AUGUUCCGCACUCUCCUGUUGCGCCCGGCAACCCCGCGCGCACUGCGCCCGGCAACGGCAACAGCAACAGCAACUUCAACCCGCGCGCUUCCGCGCCUUUCUCACCUCCAACGCUUCGCGUCCAUGGGCGGCGCGUCCACGCCCUGGGUCAACCCGCAGAACGUCCCGCAGGGCGAGAGCCUCAAGAAGUACGGGCGCGACUUGACCGCGUUGGCGCACGCGGGCGAGCUCGACCCGGUGAUUGGCCGCGAAGACGCCAUCCGGCGUGCGACGCAGAUCCUCUCGCGCCGCACGAAGAACAACCCGAUCCUCAUUGGCGACCCGGGCGUGGGCAAGACAGCGAUCGCCGAAGGCCUCGCGCAGCGCAUUGCGCUCCAGGAAGUGCCUGCGAGUCUGCAGGACAAACAGGUGGUGGCGCUCGACCUGGCGGCGCUCGUGGCGGGCGCCAAGUUCCGCGGCGAGUUUGAAGAGCGCUUGAAAGCCGUACUCAAGGACGUCGACGAAAGCCACGGCCGCGUGAUCCUCUUUAUCGACGAGCUCCACACGCUCGUGGGCGCCGGCGGCAACGAGGGAUCGACCGACGCGGCCAACAUGCUCAAGCCCGCGCUGGCCCGCGGCACGCUCCACUGCAUGGGCGCGACGACGCUGGACGAGUACCGCAAGUACAUUGAGAAGGACGCGGCGCUCGCGCGGCGGUUCCAGCCCGUGGUGAUCGCCGAGCCGAGCGUCGAGGACACGGUGACGAUCCUGCGCGGGCUCAAGGCCAAGUACGAAGUGCACCACGGCGUGCGCAUUGCCGAUAGCGCGUUGGUGGCGGCGGCAACGCUCGCAAACCGGUACUUGACCGAGCGCAAGAUGCCGGACAAGGCUAUUGAUCUCAUGGACGAAGCGGCGUCGCGCCUGCGGCUGCAGCAGGAGAGCAAACCCGAAGCGAUUGAGACGUUGGACCGCGAGCUGCUCUUGCGGCGGAUUGAGAUUGAAGCGCUGCGGAAAGAGACGGACGCGGCGUCGAAGAAGCGCAUGGCGGCGCUCGAAGACGAAGUGGCGCGCGCGGACGCAGAGCUGCGGCUCUUGAUGGACGAGUGGCACGCCGAGAAGCUCAAGUUGGAGGAGAUGCAGGAUGCCAAGCGCCGGCUUGAAGACGCGCGGCGGGAGCUCGUGGCCGCGCAGAAUAGCGGGAACUAUGCGCGCGCGGGCGAGUUGAUGCACGCGGUGAUCCCCAAGUUGGAGGCGGACGUGGCGCAUGAAGAACACGAGGAAGAAGAAGGGGGGAAGAAGACGACGAAGACGAAGAAGAAGAGCCGCACGGCGCUGGGCGAUGCCGUGACGGCUGAUCACGUGGCGGAGGUCGUGGCCCAGGCGACGGGCAUUCCCGCGUCGACGCUCAUGGAGGGCGAGAAGCAGCGGCUGCUCCAGAUGGAAGAGCACAUGAACCAGCGCGUGAUUGGGCAGGAGGAGGCCGUGAAGGCCGUGAGCAACUGCGUCCGACUCGCCCGCGCUGGACUGCACGCGCACAACCGCCCGCUCGGUGUGUUUAUGUUCUUAGGUCCGACUGGCGUGGGCAAGACCGAGCUGACCAAGUCGCUGUCGGAGUUUCUGUUCCAGACGCCGCAAGCGCUCACGCGCAUUGACAUGUCGGAGUACAUGGAGAAGUUCAACGUGAGCCGUCUGAUUGGCGCACCUGCGGGGUACGUCGGGUACGAGGAAGGCGGGCAGCUGACUGAAGCAGUGCGUCGUCGCCCUUACCAGGUCGUUCUCUUUGACGAGUUCGAGAAGGCCCAUCACGACGUGAGCAACAUCUUGCUGCAAGUGCUGGACGAGGGCCGACUCACGGACUCGCAAGGCCGUCUCAUUGACUUCCGCAACACUGUGAUCAUCCUGACGAGCAACUUGGGCUCGGACAUUCUGGUCGGCUUGCCGGAAAGCACACCCAGUGCGGUCGUGGAAGCCGAAGUCAUGAACGUCGUUCGCGCGCACUACUCGCCCGAGUUCCUCAACCGCAUCGACGAGCUCGUGUUGUUCAACCGCUUGAAGCGCGAGGAUAUCCGGGCGAUCGUUGAUCUGCAGCUUCGCCAAGUGGACGCGUUGCUCGAGGAGAAGGAGCUGUCGAUGAAGGUCGACCCGGCCGUGGAAGACUGGCUGGCUGACGUUGGCUAUAGUCCCCACUACGGUGCGCGUCCACUGAAGCGUCUGAUCCAGCAGCACGUGCUGAAUCCGAUGGCCGUGAAGCUGCUAGAAGGAGCUGCUGGCCCGGGCCACGUUAUGCACGUCAAGAUGAAUGCCACGUACGACGAAGAACUGGUCAAAGACGCCAAGACGGCAAAGCCGCUUGUUAUCACUGUGGAGUGA